CGUCCCCCAGGCCAGGAAGUCUGUGUCCCAGAGCUCUUGACUGUCCUCUGGCUGGAGCCCACAGCCAGGUCCCCAAACGGGCCAGUCCUCUGCAGGAGUCCCGGGCUGCCCGCCCUGCCCUGUCCCGGGAGGAGGUCACGCUGGGCAGAAGGAGCAGCGAACUUUUUAUUAAGAGUCUUUGGCAGGCCACCAUGGAGACAGCUGCCCUGGACCUCCUGUGGACGGCACUUCUGCUCCCUCUCCUGGUGUCUGGGGUCCCCACCGAGGAGCACACCUCUGGGGACGCUGUGGCCUCUGGUGCCCCCGGGCGCUGCCGACAGUGCUGUGACUCCGGGGACCCGCUGGCCCCUGCCUAUGCCGCCGACGAGUCCUCCGCCUCUCCAUCCUCCCUUCCCUACGUGUGGCCUGAGGUCAGGCCCUACAUUAACAUGACCAUCCUGAAGGGUGACAAAGGGGACCGAGGCCCGCUGGGCACCCCCGGGAGGCUGGGCAGGGAGGGUCCCCGGGGAGAGCGAGGCCCCCAGGGCAGCAAGGGCGACAAGGGGCAGGCGGGCAGCCCGGGCGGCCCAUGCCAGACCCGCUUCUCGGCCUUCUCCGUGGGCCGCCGGACGGCCCUGCACAGCAGCGAGGGCUUCCAGCCGCUGCUCUUCGACACGGUCUUCGCGAACCCGGACGGGCACUUCGACCUGGCCGCCGGCCACUUCGCCGCCCCGCUGGGCGGCCUCUACUUCUUCAGCCUCAACGUGCACAGCUGGAACUUCAAGGAGACCUACGUGCACGUGAUGCACAACGAGGAGGCGGCCGUGAUCCUGUACGCGCAGCCCAGCGACCGCAGCAUCAUGCAGAGCCAGAGCGUGAUGCUGGCCCUGGCGCCCGGCGACCGCGUCUGGGCGCGGCUCUUCAAGCGCGAGCGGGAGAACGCCAUCUACAGCGACGACGUGGACAUCUACAUCACCUUCAGCGGCCACCUCGUCAAGCCCGAGGACGACUAGCGCCUCCCGCUGGGGCGGCUCCCGGGGGCGCCCGCCCCCCGCAGGGCCUCAGCGUCCCCCUCUGUAAGGCGGGCCCGGGGGCCCAGGCACUCUGGGUGGCCCUCCUCUUCCUCCCCUCCCUCCCCGGCUGUCUCUGCCGCUCCCCGCUCCUGCACAGAUCGUGAGAAGCCGCCUCACCUGAACGCUCCACAGCCUUCCCAGCCUGUCAGACCAGCACGUCUCCGACUGGAACCUGCACAUGAGUCACCCCGGGGACUGUUCUUGCCCAAACGCAGAUUCCAUCGGGCAGGCGUGGGUGAGUGGGCCCAGGACGCUGCGUGUCCGAGCGGUUCAUGGGUGACACUCCCAUGGCUGGUCUGUGGGCCGCGCUGGAGUGACCAGACUCUAGAACCUUCUCCCUAAGCUUUUCGAGCCCUCUGAGCCUCCUAGAAUCAUCACGGCAUCCUUAAGCACCCUCACUUCUCUGACUGCCCCUCCUCCCUCCCUCUCUCCCUCUCGCCUGCACCAUUACUGCUCAUUUUGUCAUUCAUCCGACCUCAGGAGGGAGCUCACUGUGCGGCCCGGGAGCGCUGGGCGGGUCAAACACAGACCUGUGCUCGGUGGGCACACACCCGGCCCUGGUGCGAGGCGGAGGGUUCCAGGGCCUGACCCGGAGGAACGCAUGGUGCUCUUGUCACAAAAGUCUGGGCUCCGGGCAUUCAGACACCGUGGCCCCUCCUCACCCACGGUCCCCCAGGCUGGUGGGACAGGGCCCCUGAGGUGGGGUGUUCCCUGCCCCCUCUCAUUCCUACUCAUCGCCUGUCCUUAAAGCAGCCCCAGCCCCACAGCCCCCACACGGCUGUGUGGUCCCCUGCGAGGGCUCCUGUCCCCCUCACAGCACCCUCCCUGCCCCAGCCCAGCCCACCCUGCCUAAGGCGCCUGGCCUGGGUUCUCCCCAGCCCCCCGCCCCGGCAGGCCCUGAUGUCUGUCCCCAGGUGCUCUCUGACCCUCGUGUCCCCUCUUGCCGGCCCGAUGUCCCCACUCUCUGAGCGUUAAGGUGCUGGAGACCCACCGUCUCCCCUGGCCUGGUGCUGCCUUGGGAAAGGCCAGGGCCGAGGCGCCAGGCUUCGGACCCUCAGCGGGUCUGAGGAACUGAAGCGGGUAACCUUCCGGCCAGUCAGGGGGACCCUCCCUCCUCUGAGCCAUGAUGCCGAGAGGCCCAGGCCAUGUAAGGGACACAGGCUUCCCUCCCCUUCUCCGCUCCCGGGGGGGGGGGCGUGUUGUCAGCCUGGUGGCCCCCAGCCUUCCUCUCCCCCGGCCAGGAGGCCCGACCUCUCCCCAGAGGCGGCCUCCGGUCUUGGUGCUCACGCAGACUCUGGAAAGAGGGGCCCGGGAGGUCUCUGGUGCUCACUUAUAGCCAAGGGGCCACGUGGCGGCUGCGUGGCUGGGGGUGGUCGCAGGGCCUGACUGUGCGCAGGCCAGGCACAGCCCCUCCCAGCCGCCUGCACCUGCCCUGCUGUCCAGCGUGAAUAAAGGUUGCAUGUCUUCUUGGCA